GUUAGUUUCUUGGACUCAUUUCAAGCAGUUCAUAAUGAAUCAAAUGGCUAUAGCCGCUCUCAAAACUCAGUACAAGAAUUUUGUUCAAUCUAUGUUCGAUGAGGGAGUGCUUGACAACCAGUUUAGUCAACUUCAAGAUUUACAGGAUUCCAGUAAUCCCAACUUCGUGGAUGAAGUGAUCACUUUGUUUUGCAAUGAUGCAGAGAGGAUCAUAACUGAAAUGAACAGAUAUUUGAAUUAUCAGAAUGUUGAUUUUAGCAAACUGGAUUCUCAUGUUCAUCAACUUAAAGGAAGCAGCUCAAGCAUCGGUGCACAUCGCUUGAAACUCGCGUGUGUUAACCUCCGCCAAGCUUCCUACGACCGGAGCAAGGAAGAGUGUGUUGGAGCUUUCAAUUCGAUCAGACAUGAAUACUGCCUUCUGCGCAGCAAAUUUCAGUUCCUGAUGCAGAUAGAGAGGCGCAUUGUGGCACUCGAGACCAGCCAACAAUGAAUAGAUAGCAACCGACAACGGAGAACAGUUACCUUGAAUAGGAUCACAUUGUUGAUCUGCAUUUU